UUCGCGUCUCUUGUGUCAGCUUAUAUUUUAAUCCAAAUUUUCAUAUUAAAAUGUGCAAAUUUAUUUAUAAUGUGUGAUUACAUGUGUCAGUGAAUUUUUAAUAAUUGUAUAACGACAAUUUCAAACAGUGUGUGAAGUCCUAAUAGUAUUCCUAUAAAUUAACUCAAAAUGAGCAACGACAACGUUGUAAUCUACAUUUACAAACUAGAAGGUGACGAAGUGGUAAAUACAUUGCGGAGCGAAAAUGGCAAGAAACCUAAAGAAGUAAUUCCAGCACUUUCUGAGUCUGAUUUCAAAUAUUUUAAAAACUAUGACGAGGAAAAAUUGAAUUUGGGAUGCAGUGAAGAUUUUAAUAUUGAAGAGACUUCAAAUAACACAAAUUUUAUUACACUUGCGCAAGAUAAUUCACCGAUCAAAUUAAACAUUCCUGUUUUGUCAAGGUGUCAAAACUGCGAAACUAUUUUUCCCACUAAAUAUAUGUAUGAACGCCACCAUUGCGAUUUAAAUGAAGAUGACAUUUCUGACCAACGUAACGAAAACGAAUUGGAUUUAGAGGAAAACUUAAAAAUUAUUUACGAAUGCGACUUUUGCUCCAAAACAUUCGCUACUCAGGCCGAAUUAGAGAGUCACAGUACCAUUCAUACCGUAAACGAAAGUAAUGAAUGUGAGUUUUGUGGAAAACAUUUCGUAAGUGGAAGCAGACUUCAAAUUCAUAAGGAAAAUCAUUGUAAAAAGGCGGGAGGAAUUUCAAAAUUUUACAGAAGCGACCUCAGGGUAUAUAAAUGUAGGGCGUGCAACGCAGUGUUUUCUUCGGCAGAGAAUGCUUAUAAUCACGUGCUAACUUGCUUAGAACCAUUUAUAAAGAUAAAUAAAGAUGAGACAGCUAACAAUGAUACUCUUGAAAAGGAUUGUGAUCCCGAAAAUGAUGUUUUUAUCGAACACAGCCCUGUGGAAAGCAUAUUUACUGAAACUUUAAUACAAUGUGAAUUCUGUAACAGCAUUUUUGCAGACAGAAACUCUAUGUUGGUUCAUCAACGUAAGCACACAACAGCGAAAAAUUAUCAAUGUGCUGAUUGUAACCAAGUUUUUGAAUCAUAUUUAAGAGCAUGUCCUCACUGGCUUAAAACCUGUACUGAAUUUUCAAACGUUUUUUGUUUGCCGAAAUUAUUGAUUUGCGACUAUUGCAAUCGAAAAUUUAAAAGUCAUAGUAAUUUGUAUGAUCAUAAAAUAAAGAAAAAACAUUAUUCGCCAAAAAUAUACGCACCGCAUGGAAACAACCAGGAAAAGAGACAACAGGAAAUCCCAGAAAAUAAUAAAAACUUAAACAAAGUAAUUCAUGAUGUAUUAGAGGUCCUGGAUGUUCCUGUCUCAUUACCAAGCUUAAAUUUUGAAGAUACAAAGCAAGUUGCCAACAAAAAUGAUGAAAACUUCGAAAUGUACAAAACUGAGAGCAAAAUAGAAAAUAAAGUUGAGCAGGCUAAGUCUACCAAUCAAACAGCGGUGAAAGAGGAAGCUAAAGCUGACGAUUCAAAUAGUGUACAACUCACUCACUCUACGUACGGAGAAUCUGAGCAGCAAGCAACACACGAUCCAUCUUCAAGUCAGGUCACGUCGGUAGGACAUGUUUCAAAAGGAAAGGCAAGAAAAAAUCUAUUGGAAUUUCCAAAACAAACUGGAAGAAAUAAAAAAAAGUGCGAUACAUUGGUAAAUGAUGGGUUGCGGUAUCAAUGCGAAAAAUGCUCCCAAGUUUUUCAGAGUAUUCAAGCUCUAGAAGCACAUCGCAAUAGUGAUCAUAUGAAUAGUUUUUACUGCGAAGAAUGUGGAGUGCAACUUGAUAGCGCUAAACGGCUGCUCAUUCAUUAUAGGAUUCACAAGAACCUAAAACCAUACAUUUGUGACACCUGUGGUAAAAGCUAUUCCCAAAGUUCCCAUUUGUGGCAGCACAUGAGAUUCCACCAAGGUAUAAAACCUUUUGCUUGUACUCAUGAAGGAUGUGACGCAAGAUAUACUAUCAGACCAGAUUUAAAAGAUCAUAUCAGAAAAGUUCAUACACGAGAGCGGCCAUUCAAGUGCAAUGUAUGUCGUAAGACUUUUCUUACAGGGUCAGUUUAUUAUCAACAUAGAUUGAUUCAUACAAAUGAUAGAAGAUAUAGUUGUGAGAUUUGCCAUAAAAAGUUUUUCCGAGCAGAUGCUUUAAAUAAUCAUAAAAGAAUUCAUACCGAUGAAAGACCAUUUGCAUGUUCUGUAUGCGGUAGGCAAUUCAGGCAAAAGGGCGAUUGUAAGAAGCAUGUUAAAACCCAGCAUCCUGAGCAUGUUGCCUUAAGAAAGUAGAAUAGUUGUUCAUUUUCUAGUUUAUUGUUAAUUACGUUAAUUACUUUUUGCUUGCGCGUUGUUGUUUAACAAUCCAUAAUAUAGUCAUUGUCGAUAAUUAAUUAUAGGCCGUCCCAGUCUUAUAUGAAUAAUUAAUAAGGCUCUUAACCUAAAAAAGAAGGAUGCGAUUCGCAUUGUCAAUUAACUUGUUGUUCGUAAGCUUCUUUGGUUGUAAUGAGUAGUUUUGAGAAGAACAUAUAUAUUGUAGCUAUAUAUACUCUAAUAUAAAGUACAUAUAUUCUCUAAUAUGGAAAAGGUAUAUAGGUAUAUCGAAAAAAAGUAUGGUUUGGAUAAGAAACAAUACUUUUUUUGCCUUUGGCCUAGGUCGACUGGCGUAAACCCCAUAUUCAAUAUAAAAUAUAUGGACUAUUGCCGACGAUUAAGGCAAUAAUAAAUUAUAUAAUUUGGACUAAGCUGGCGCCUAAUACCUUGCUUCCUAAUAUACUUUUACUCAAGUCAAAUUGCUAAACGUACUUCCUGGUUUUGUUAGAAUAAAAUUAAAAUUACAUACAAUUAAUCGUAAUUAAAUAACAUACUUAAAUAAAUUUAACAUAAUAAAAUUUUUAAAAUUGCCUAGUAACUAUAAUAUCGCGAUUUUAAGUUAAAUAUGCUGAAAUAAGAUUGUUUUCAAUAUAAGUUCAUUUACAUCAUGUUCGGGUGCAUCGUAUUGAACUAAGGACGUACGUUUAUCAUGAUUCUUUUUCGAUAAAUCUAUUUUAGUAAUUAGUUUUGUUACUUAGUGUUUCAACACUGAUGAUUGAUGAAU